AUGGACGAGGGCCCUGUGCUCGGCGAGUUGUCCAGUCCCGAAGACGAGAUGGUGCCGGACCUGUUCGCAUCUGAGAGCGUGGCCCUGAAGGCCCCGGCGGCGGUCAAGCGCGAGGCGGACGAGUUCCAGGUCUUCAAAGACGCCUACCUGAGCGCCGCCGACCCCCAAGAGCCCCUCCUGCGGGCGCUCACCGCCCCGCCGGGCGCCGACGGCAAGGGCAAGGUGGAGCUGGAGGAUGAGCGCAACCACCAGGAGGUCCUCGCCGAGUACCCGGGUCUCCCCGAGCUCAGCCCGAUGGAGGACGCCCUGCUCGCCCGGGCCCCGCCGCCCGCCUACAACGUCCACUUCCUGUCCUCGCUGCUGGCCCCGCACAGGAGCCCCGCCGUCGUGCCCCUGGGCACCUGGCCGAGGGAAGGGGCCGCCCACCCCGGCGUCCGCGUGAUUCCAGUUGAAAUAAAGGAAGCAGGUGGUACGAUUACCAGCAACAACCUGGAGGAGACAACCUUUCCGAAUCCUCAUACCCAGGAAUCCUGUUGCAAGUUCCCAUCGUCACACGAACCCGAGGGCGCCUCCGACUGUUCCCACAAGGACUCGAAUCCCAUGGUGAUUUGUCAGUUGAAAGGGGGCACACAGAUGCUGUGCAUAGACCAUUCCGGCACCAGAGAACUAAAAGGCCUACACCUGGUUCCUCAGUAUCAAGACCCAAAUAAUUAUCUACAGUCAGAAGUCCCUAAACCAAUGACUACUUUAGUAGGAAGAUUUUUGCCGGUACCAGCAAAAUUAAAUCUCAUUACUCAACAACUGGAGAACGGACCCUUACCACCCGUGGUUAAUGGAUCAACUCUGCCAGGACCACCAAAAUUGACUCUGGCUGGGUACUGUGACUGCUUUGCCAGCGGUGACUUUUGCAACAACUGCAAUUGCAAUAAUUGUUGCAACAACUUACGUCAUGAAAUUGAACGGUUUAAGGCCAUCAAGGCAUGUCUUGAUAGAAAUCCAGAAGCAUUCCAACCAAAAAUCGGGACAGGGAAACCAGGAGACGGGAAGCCUCGCCAUACCAAAGGCUGCAACUGCCGGAGGUCGGGCUGCCUCAAGAAUUACUGUGAGUGCUUCGAGGCCAAAAUCAUGUGUUCUUCUAUUUGCAAAUGCAUUGGUUGCAAAAAUUACGAAGAAAGCCCAGAACGAAAAACGCUAAUGAGCCUGCCGAGCUCCAUGGAAACUGGAGGACCGGACGGGGGCCAUCCGUCAUCACCAGCCAGAUUCUCAGCACUACCCAAAUCCAGAAAAGAUCGGCAGUCCUUCACGUGCAUCUCCUGGGAGGUGGUGGAGGCCACCUGCGCCUGCCUGCUGGCUCAAGGCGAGGAGGCGGAGAGGGAGCACUGCCCGGAGUGCCUGGCCGAGCAGCGGAUCCUGGAGGAGUUUGGGAGGUGCCUGUCACAGAUUCUCCACAUCGAGUUCAAGUCCAAAGGGCUGAAAAUUGAGUAG